AAGCCUCCCUUUAUGAUAAAAAUAUUUGUGAUUGGGUUAAAAAAAGAUUUAGAGCUGAAGAAAUUAUAUUGAGUAAUUAUAGGAUAAUUGUAAAAGCUACAAAUAACCCAGUAUUAACUCGUAAGAACAUGUAUGAGGUUUUGUGUAAAACUCAUAGUGAAAUUACACAACAUGGUGAACAAAAACAAAUAUGUAAAUCCAAAUCAUCAUUUUAUCUUUUGGCAACCAAACUAAUAAUUACAAAGAAUUUUUUAUCCUGUAUUGAAUUCAAAUAUGUGUAUCAUAUAAGAGAUCAUUUUACUCGAUUCUCUUGGGCCCAGGUACUUAUUUCUAAAAGACCAAUUGAAGUUGUAUCCUUUCUAUUUGACCUUUUCCAUUUGAUUGGAUUAUUUCCAACUAUAUUACAAUCAGAUAAUGAAAAAGAAUUUGUUAUACAAGUUAUUAAAGAACUUAUUGAAUUAUGGUUAUCAGUAACUAUUAUUAAUAGAUGGUCUCAACAUCUCCAGUCUCAAGAACUUGUUGAAUUUGCUAAUAGAAUCUUAGAACAAAAUUAG